AUGUCUCUCGCUAAACAAAAUUUCGCAUCAGUCUCGGAAGAAGCUAUAAACGUACAAAUUAACGCUGAGCUCGAAGCAGCCCAAGCUUAUCUUUCUCUUGCCGCAUGGGCAGGAAACGUCAAUGUCGCGCUACCGGGACUUACCAAAUUCUUUCAGGAAAGUGCUACAGAAGAACGGGAUCACGCCAACAAACUAAUCAAUUAUCAAAACCUUCGCGGUGGAAAAGUGGUUCUCACCGAUUUAAAAGUACCAGAAGCUAACUGGACAUCUGCUAAAGUUGCAUUAGAAACGGCUCUUCAACUCGAAAAAGAUGUCAACAAGUCACUUUUGAAUCUGCACAAAAUCGCGGAGGAGCAGAAUGAUCCACAGUUGUGCGAUUAUCUCGAGUCGGAGUUUUUGGGAGAACAAGUUGUGGCCAUUAAGAAGCUUGCAGAUUUUGUGACUCAGUUGAAUCGUGUUGGUGGGGAUGGACUUGGUCUUUAUUUGUUUGAUCAAGAUUUGUUGGCGGGAAAAUCUAUCAAUAUCGAUCAUGCUAUUUGA